GCGCGAAUGUAGACUAAUUUCGGAAAAUGCCUCGUGUGACUCUGCGAAUAUUACUUCACCACUGGGCGAUAUUCACGAUAUUCUCUUGUUUCUUUGUUACCACCGAUGGCACCGCCAAGACAAACCAGUUGACAGUAUGCGUUCAACAAUCCGGGAAUGUACGCAGCUUGAUAUUCGUCAGUACAUUGGAUGGGAAAGUAUCGGCCCUGGAUGCUGCCAAUAAUGGAAAAAAGCAAUGGUCUCUGGACUUCAACGAUAGACCAAUGUUGUCAUCUGAUAUUCACAACAGAGAGCUUAACGAUAAUGGACAAUGGAUACGUUUGAUCCCAUCUUUAAAUGGUGGAUUAUAUAAAUUUGAUGGUGAAAAUCUGGAGAUGCUACCGAUAACAACAGAUAAAUUAUUACAUUCUUCCUUUCGUUAUUCCAAUGACUUAAUUUUCUCAGGUGGCAAAGAAUCACAUUCUUAUGGUGUGCAUGCCAGUACGGGAAGAAUCUUGUAUGAAUGUGACGUCAAUAAAUGCACAAACUAUACAGAUGGUAAAGGAUACUCAGAACAAGAGAUACUUGUCAUUAAACGCUUUCAACAUACCGUACGAGCUGUAGAGGCUCGUACGGGUAUUGAAAGGUGGAAUUUUAGCGUCGGACAUCAUGAAUUAAUGCUAAUACCUCCUGCUGGAACUUAUUGCGAUAAAGCUAACUUGUUAGAUGUACAAAUCAAAGCGGUUAUUCCUGAAGGCUUGAUUUUGGCUGUUAAUGAGAGCAAUCCCGCCUACAAGUUAUGGCAAUACAAAUUUGACUCACCAAUUGUUUCGAUGUGGCGUGAAAAUGCAAACAAAGAUUCUACAGAUGAAGAUGCUUUGAAAGAAAUCAAUUUGUUCGACAACUUUCAAUGGGUUUUGGACCAGAAAUACUCAACGACCAGCCCGGGUUUAUACAUAGGCAUGCAUCAGAGACAAUUGUAUGUGCAGGAAAACUUCAAGUUAAAAAAAACAUUGGAUUCUUCUCGUAAACAACUUUAUCCUACAAUAUAUCCAUGGCAACCGUUUCCGGCUAUUGGAACCACUAUUUUAAAUACUUUAUCAGAUAAAAGCGAUAGUCAUGAAAUUACUGCGAUGGUAGAGGACGUGCAAUGUACAACUGCAUUAUCUGUAUUGUAUAAUUCAGAAUAUGUCAACGGUAACGGAUUUUAUCUGUAUCCGAAAUACGAGGAAGAAUCGAUUCCUACUGCACAGUAUAACGAUAGUGAAUCUGCUUCGAUUACGGAAAAACCCAUGUUAGUUUAUACGGAAGAAGAAAACACUGAUCCUACUCGGACAAUUUGGAUCACAUUUUUGUAUACAAAUUAUCAAAACGCCAGUAGAUGGGGAGGACGAGGACUACACGCUUUCAUAGCAAUAUCAAUGGCAAUGACAGUUAUAACCCUAAUGCAUUACGUACCGAUAUUUUCCCGUUUUAACCGAGUCGUUGACGGUGCUCCAGUUCCCCCUGUGGCAACAGAACCACUAACUCCAGUAGCGGAAAACAAAUCGGCGGAUGAUACGAUUAAUGAUGAAAACGAGAAUAUAAAUAAUUUCAUAUCGCGUUAUCUAACAGAUUUCACGCCAGUCGAUUGUUUGGGUAGAGGAGGAUACGGCGUUGUCUUUCAGGCAAAAAAUAAAUUAGAUGGUUGUCAAUAUGCUAUCAAAAGAAUUGCCUUACCAAAUACUGAAUAUCCGAGGGAGCGUGUAAUGCGAGAAGUAAGAGCAUUAGCUAAACUGGAUCACCGCAAUAUCGUAAGAUAUUUCAAUUCCUGGCUGGAAUUCCCUCCUUGUGGAUGGCAAGAAGACCACGAUAAGCAGUGGGCCAUUAAAUUAUCUUCGUCUGGUUGUCCAUCGGUAAUCUCUGAAACUGAAACAAAACCCCACGACGUGCACAUCGACGUUCCACAAACCGAUUCGCCAUCUGUAGAAAGCGCCAUUGAGGCUUACAAACUGGACAAGAACCAAUCGGAAAUAACCAACGAUUCAGUCGUUAUAUUUGAAUAUUCAAACGAAAAACAACAUAAUGAUGAUGAUGCAAUUUACAUCGGUGAUUCCAAUACCGAUGGUUCGGACACAUCUUCGAAUAAUGCAACAAAAGAUCUGUUACCUAAUAUCGAUGGUCAUUCCGAAAGCAUCGUGUUUGAAGGAAGCAGUAAUUCCGAAAGCAUCGUGUUUGAAAGAAGCGAUAACAAUCUGGGGAAAACCGAUAGCAAUAUUACUGAAGAAAUCGAUAACACGGAAAAAACCGACAACAAUAAUAUGGAGGAGAAAGAAGGUCGUGAUCGUCGAAAAGCUUUGCUCUCUUUAAAUUUGGUCACCGGAUCGAACAAUUGCAACUCAAGAAAAGUAUUCCUGUAUAUACAGACGGAAUUGUGCCAAAGACUCAGCCUCAAGGAAUGGCUGAGGCUGGAAUCGUCAAAUCGAGAUUCCUCUCGUGUAUUAAAUAUUUUUCAACAGAUAGUAGAUGCAGUGGAAUAUGUCCAUUUGCAAGGAUUAAUUCAUCGAGAUUUGAAGCCGUCGAAUAUAUUUUUCGCACGCGACAAUAGUAUUAAGGUCGGCGAUUUCGGUCUUGUGACCGCGAUGACUGAAGGCUACGACGGAACUCGUACACCUGUAUCCGAAAACGAGACUGUUACUUUAAUUAAUAGUAUACAUACCGCGUGUGUUGGCACGCAUUUAUACAUGUCGCCCGAACAGGCGAAUGGCCAAUCUUACAACUACAAAGUGGAUAUUUACUCUUUAGGGAUAAUUUAUUUCGAGCUUCUUACACCUUUCUCCACCGAUAUGGAAAGAGCAAUGGUGCUUACGGACUUGAAAAAGUCCAUUUUCCCGAGCAGUUUUGCGGAGAAAUAUACAGCUGAGUAUAAUUUGCUCAAACUGAUGUUGGAUGAAGAUCCUGCCAAACGACCUACAACUAGCGGCAUUAAGGCAAUGCCUCCCUUGUUGAAUUAUCAAGCAGCUAAUGAAAUUAAUGUAGAUAAAGAUUUAAAAAGUCAUUUUAAAUUUCCACAACAAACUGGACAUUCCUCUAUAUAACUAGCGAUAGUAUUUAAAUCAUAAAUAUGUAAGUUAUGCAAAUUUUUUUUGAAUUUUUAUCAUCGACUAUCAGAUUACGUUUUUUUUUUUCACCAGUAAAUCCAUAUAAUAUGCAUAUCCAAGAUAUAUCUCAGAGAUGUCAUUUAAAUAUCCUUACAUUUUGCUCUACGUGCUGAUUCUGUAAUUUUUAACGACAAAAUCGUUAUAUGUAGUUGCGCAAUACAAUGUUAUAUCUGUACGACGAUGCGUAACGUAUACAUUACAAUUAUAAUGUAUGUGUAAAGAAAUUACAGAAUAGGCUCCGCUGGAAAUUUGCUUGUGAGAUAAAAUAUGUGAUGUAUACGCAGGAAACUUUUGUAUCACGUGCAUUCACACGUACGAAGUGUAUUGAGAAAUACAAUUUUAUUUUAUGAAGUUUCAUACUUGCAUAUGUUAUGUGUGCAAACAUUAA